CCAGAAAUUAGCUCCUCGCUCCUGGCUCGCGUUUCUCCCAAAUCACCUUAAAAGCACGGUGUUUAUGAGCCUACCUAAUCCGAUACUGCAGUGGAAUUCCGGAUAUUUGCAGACAGAUCUCCCGGCUUUGCAAGUGUGUGAUGAGAUACGUUCGAAAUCUCUUUUUUUUUCUAGAGCCGGGUUCCAGGCUGUGGAGCAAGCCGACCUGGGGCUGCGGCCCCUGCCCCACACCCGGCCCGCGCGCCUGGCCCGAGCCCAGCGCAGGACGCAGCCCCUCCAGGGUCCGGGCUGCCGGGGGCCGCUCGGGCUGCGGGCCGCUCUGCAACAGGUCACCCUGACCGCGAGUCCGCGGGUUCGCGGGCGGCCAACUCUGCGGCCAGGCUUCUGGGCGCAGCCGCCGGGGCCAGGGGAGGGGGUGUGGCCCGGCUUCUGCUGGUCCUGGCUUAGAGGUCCGGGAUCGGCUCACCUGAAGGGAGGCUGAGGGGCAGCUGGGCGCCAGAACAGCGCGGGCGGAGGCUGGGGGCUUCCGCCACCCAAGAGGGAGAGCGAGGCGGGUUCAAGGGGUUGCAGCGCCCCCGGCUUCAGGACGGCGCCCCCGAGCGGGGACCACACGGCCGCUCCGACUCCGAGAACCCGCGGCCGAGGGAGGCGCGCCCCCCAGCGCCCUUCUCCCUCAGCCCCAGCUCCGCAGCCCCCUCCCUGCGCGCAGGGCGAGCAGCCCCGGGGCCCGCGGCCGGGAGAGCCACACUCCGCAGCGCCGCCGCCGCCAUUCCCCGCGCCGCCCGGGGGGCGCCGCGCACCCACCGUUCCUCCCUCCCCCGCACCGCCCCGCGGCCUGAGCCCACCGACCUGUGCAGCCGCGGCCGUCGCCUCAGAGGAUGGAAAGACGACGCCGGCCUCACGCUUCACCGCCACGGCCGCUGCCGCCGCCUAGAGUAGCACUCGCCGACCCGAACAGUCACUGUCUCUCAUUCAGCGCCCGCAGCAGCCGCCGCCGCCGCCGCCGCUGCCGCUGCCGCUCGGGGGAGGAGAGUGAGCUGGAACCACCCCGUCCGCGCCAGGGGUGGGGGAAGAGAGCAGACCUGGCGGGGGCGCGCGCCAAGCGGGCGGGGCGGAGCCGCGCGCGCGCGCACCAACGGAGCGCGCUCGCGGGGGCCCUGAGAGCUGCAGCCGCCAGGGUCUUAACCUCACGCUUCCCGCCCGCAGCUUUUCGGCCCCGCGGAGCCCAACUGCCGCCGGUAAUCGGUGCCCGCAGCGCGCGCAACCAUCCGCAACCCCACUACCCGGCGCCUGCUGAAAGGAGGGGCUCCCACCGGCCAAACAACGGGGCGGGAAGGGGUGGGAGGAUGGACAGGUGGGGCGUCCGCCACCGCCUGGCCACCCGCUCCCGGCACGCGGCCCUCUGUGAAAUCCGCCGUGAUGUCUGUGGCUUUCAGUACCCGGCUCUUCACCUUUAAGGCCAGAGAACAAAGUCUGGAAGCACUUGGACCCUAGAUCAAAUAUCCAGCCCAAGCCAGCGGUGUUUUUAGAAGUCACUGCGGACAAAUGAGGGGGCUCCAAAUGUGGAGUCACCCCACUGCCGUAGAUAAGGUCAUAAAUUAUGGUGAUCAGUAUCCUCACAUUAAGAUUCGGGAAGUGUUAGAAGUAGGCCUUUGUAGAUGUUACGCAGAGUUACUACCCUUGACUUAAGGAGCAAAUGACAGAAAUUGGGCGGAAAGGUGUUGUUUCAGAGAGUGUACUAAAUGGGUGGCCUACUUAAAACUAGCACCAUUUGAUGCAGUGUGACUGUUAACGGAAGGUUUUCAGUGAGCCGCCUUUGUAUUUGCUGUCAUUAGACCAUUUGGAAAUGGAUAAUUAUUUGAUGAUCUGCAGUUCUUUCUCUAGGCAAUGUGCAGUAGAAUGUGGAAAGAAUACUAUGUACCAGCAUUAAGUGUAAAACAUGAAAGGAACGAUAAUUCACU